AUGGGAGAGGACAAAGUGAAAGAUAUCACCGCAGGGGAGGUGGCGGAAGCACCGGCGGCGGAACCAAGCACAACAGCAGGUAAAGGGGUCGACAGCGGUAGCGACGGCCAGCCAUCGGCGGCCCCGCCAGCACCACCGACGCAAGGAGACUCCGACAGCGUGAAAGAUGCGUCUACGUCGUCGUCUUCGGAGAAGAACCCGUUCGAUCAGUACUACGCUCAGCUCACCCACCAGCAGAACAUGCUUCAGGACAGCGUGAGAGUGACGGCUUACCAGCGAGCGAUUUCGGAGAACCGCGCAGAUUUCAAGGGUAAGGUGGUGCUGGACGUGGGGACGGGGAGCGGGAUCCUGGCCUUCUUUGCGGCGCAGGCCGGUGCGCGGAGGGUUUACGCCGUGGAGGCCAGCGACGUCGCUGAGGCGGCACAGCAACUGGUAGACGCAAACCACAUGUCGUCCAUCAUCAAGGUUAUCAAGGGGAAGGUGGAGGAGAUUGAGCUUCCCGAGAAGGUUGACGUCAUCGUGUCCGAGCCCAUCGGGUUCCUGCUGGUUCACGAGCGCAUGCUGGAGUGCUACGUGAACGCCCGGGAACGGUUCUUGAAGCCGGGGGGGAAGAUGCUGCCCACGCUGGGGGAGAUCGUGACGGCCCCCAUAACCGACGAGACGCUUCCCCGGGAGCAGGCGCUCAAGAAAGGCCUGGCGGAACACUUCGGACAGCCAGUAGUCGGCUACUUCUACCCCACGAGCAUCAUCUCGCACGACCGGGGCAGGCAUUUGGUCGACUUCGCUAAGGCCUCCACCGAGGAGCUCGUUAGUUUUACGGUGCCCCUUAGGCGACCGGAGGACUCGUUUUUCCUGGGGAAGGUGGUGACCGGGGAGCUUGUUUUCGAGGCCAACGAGAAGCACAGCUACUUCAUCACGAUGACGCUCCGGCUGGAGGGCACGGAGAUUUCGUCGAAACAGCGCAUCAACCUGCAGGACCAGAUGUACCACUACCUCACAAACCCUUCCUCCGCUGGCCAGACGUGA